CAACAGUUCGUAAACUUUCCAAUCAGUCGGAAACAGUAAAAGUAGUGGUGAUCGCAGAGUGGUUUUCGUCAAGAAGAGCUCAAAGCGUACAUUUUUCUGAAAGAUGAAUAGGCUUUUUGGACGAGGGAAACCAAAAGGACCACCACCAAAUCUCACUGAUGCUAUAGCUAACGUUGACAGUCGAGGAGAGUCCAUUGAGAAAAAAAUUAGUAAGCUUGAUGCUGAACUAAUGAAGUACAAAGAUCAAAUGAAGAAAAUGAGGGAUGGACCAUCAAAGAAUAUGAUCAAGCAAAGAGCACUUAGAGUACUGAAACAAAAGAAACAAUAUGAAAGUCAACUUGAGAAUCUCCGUCAGCAGUCUUUUAACAUGGACCAAACAAAUUAUGCAACACAGACAUUAAAAGAUACCAAAACAACGGUUGAUGCUAUGAAGUUAGGACUUAAAGAAAUGAAAAAGGAAUACAAGAAAGUGAAUAUUGAUGAAAUUGAGGAUCUUCAAGAUGACAUGGCUGACAUGCUUGAGAUUGCUAAUGAGGUUCAAGACACCUUAGGAAGAUCAUAUGGAAUGCCAGAAGACAUUGACGAGGCUGACCUUGAAGCAGAAUUAGAAGCUCUUGGAGAUGACUUGGCCCUAGAUGAAGACACCUCCUACUUAGAUGAAGUUCCUGCUCCAUCAGAUACCUUACCUGGGGAGACAGAUCAGGAAGGAACAAAAACACAGGAUGGAGUACAAGUGGAUGAAUUUGGCCUUCCAGUUCUAGCAAGAAAUUAGACUUGGUCAAACACUAAAUUUUAGAAUUUAAUUUGUAACUGGUAACCCCACUGCUAUGCGAAUGUUUUGUUGAUCUGUAGUACUCAAUUUUAAGUUCCAAGAAAAUUUUCCAAGGUAUUCCUUGCUGUGCUUAGUCUUUUCAUAUGUCAAGAUUGUUGCUUUUUAGUGGAUGUCACGAUCUAGGCAAAUUCACUGCCUAAGAAUCACGGUAAUGUUUUGACAGAAGCAAAAAUAUUGGGAGUCCACUAUAAAAUAUGACUUUAAAAAAACUUGUUUAGUAACCAAGGGUUUAAUAAAAGUUAGGAAUGGGAUAAACCUUUUAUGGUAAAUUAUUAUCCCUACCACACAAAGAAUCUUUGACUUGUCUAUACAUCAAGAGAUACUGUAUGUAUACUGCUAACAGAAGUUUGUUGGUUUUCAUUUGUGUAUGAACCAGUGAAGUAUUUUGUUUUAUUUUACUUUACAAGUGAACCUAACAGAUUUGAAUACUAAGCAUGAGGCAAAUUUUCUCUUGUACAUAUUUUAAGUGUCCUGUAAUUCUACGAAAGAGGUGUCAUGACAUAUCUUGUAUAUGUAUUUGUUAAGUGAUUUUGAGUCUAAAAAGAAAAGGAAUGAGCAUGAAUCUUGAUCAAGUGGAUUAUGUCGAACAAGGUUAUUUUGCUUUUAUCAACUGAGUUCAUGAUAUAAUUUGGCCACCGUAAAGAGUUUCAAAGCUGAGGUUUGGAGCG